AUGAGUUGCAGACAGAUCACCUCAUCUUUCUGGAGCCGCAGAGGAGGAGGCAGAGGGGGCAGCAGGGGUAGCAUGCAGUCUUCUUUCAGUCGCUCCUCCAGGGCUGGUGGAGGAGGGGGCCGCUUUAGCUCUUCCAGUGGCUUUGGUGGGGGUGGCCUUGUGGCCUGUGGCAGUGGAGGUGGGGGCAGUUUUGGCUCCAGCUAUGGUGGAGGAGCUGGAGGGGGCUUUAGUACAGGGAGUUCCAGCGGUAUGUUUGGGGGAGGUUCUAAGAGCUUCGGUGGUGGCUCUGGAGGUGGCUUUGGUGGUGGCUCUGGAGAUGGUUUUGGUGGUGGCUCUGGAGGUGGCUUUGGUGGUGGCUCUGGAGGUGGCUUUGGUGGUGGCUCUGGAGGUGGAGAAGGUAGCAUUCUGAAUACCAAUGAGAAGGUUGUCAUGCAGAAUCUCAGUUCUUGUCUGGCUGCCUACAUGGAUAAAGUACAGGAAUUGGAGGAGGCCAACACCUCCCUGGAGAAACAGAUCCAGGAAUGGUAUUCAAAGAAGGGGUCCAGAUCUCAUUUCUACAACACUAUCGAAGACCUGAAGGACAGGAUUGUGGAUCUCACAACAAGGCAAAACAGAACACUUCUGGACAUAGACAACACUCGCAUGACUAUGGAUGACUUCAGAGUUAAGUUUGAGAUGGAGCAGACCCUGUGACAAGCGGUGGAUGCUGAUAUUAAUGGCCUGCAGAAAGUGUUGGAAGCUAUGAAGAUGGAGAAAACCGAUCUGGAGAUACAGCUUGAUACCCUGGAUGAAGAGCUGAAGGCCCUUAAGAACAAUCAUCGGGAGGCGAUGAAGCAGCUGAUGGGCCAGAAUGAUGGAGAUGUUAGUAUGGAGAUAAAUGUGGCCCCCAGCACAGAUCUCACCCAGAUCCUCAAUGACAUGCGCGAGGAGUACGAGCAACUCAUUUCUAAGAACCACCAGGACAUUGAGCAACACUGUGAGUCCAAGAUGACCCAGAUUGAACAAGAAGUGACCAACAGCGGCCAAGAGAUGGAGAGCAGCAUGAAGGAAAUGUCCCAGCUCCAGCACAGCAUCCAGGAGUUGGAUAUCGAGCUGCAGACUCAGCUUAGCACGAAAUCAGCCCUGGAAAAGGCUUUGGAGGACACAAGGAACUGCUACUGUGGCCAGCUGCAACAAAUCCAGGAACAGAUCAGUCAGGUGGAGGCCCAGCUUGCUGAGGUCCGGGCAGAAACCGAGUGUCAGAACCAGGGAUAUGGCAUUCUGCUAGGCAUCAAGACAAGGCUGGAAAAAGAAAUCGAGACUUACCACAACCUCCUUGAAGGCAGCCAGCAAGACUUUGAAUCUUCUGGUGCUGGACAAAUUGGCUUUGGAAGUGGCAAAGGAAGACGAAGAGGAAGUGGAGGCAGCUCUGGGGGAGGAAGUGGAGGCAGCUAUGGAGGAGGAAGUGGGGGCAGCUAUGGAGGAGGAAACAGCUCUGGGGGAGGCAGUGGAGGAAGUUAUGGUGGAGGAAGUGGAUCCAGGGGAGGAAGUGGAGGUGGCCAAAGUAGAGGAGGUGGCUCCAAGGGAGGUAGUGGAGGCAGCCAUGGUGGAGGAAGUGGUUCAGGAGGAGGAAGCGGAGGCAGCCAUGGUGGAGGAGAUAGAAGGUCCUCUCAGUCCCAGUCCUCAAAAUCUGCCGACUAUGAUGAUGAGUCAAAAGGCUACCAGAUGGGAUACUAGAGCCCUGGUCAACUUUCCCCACCCAGCCCCAGCUGAGACUACCCCAGGAGGGUAGGACCUACAUGAAGCGUGCUUACUGUAUCCUGACAUUGAGACUAACUGGCAACAAGCCUGAGUCCCUUUUUGGAACUGGAUGGAGUUGGCAUUGUGCCUCUGGACCUCUAUUGGCUGUGUCCCUUGCUGGGGAAGCUUCUUGUCUGGGGAGAACUUGAUUCUUCAGUGUGUCCUGGGGGUGGCCCCACUCCCUUCCUUAUCCUGACUUCUUAAUAAAGUUCUCCUAUUGCAAAUUAAA